AUGUUGACAACAUCUCCCGUCGUCGCCGGUUCCGCCAAUGCCUCGCCCAACAGCUUCCACUAUGUCCCUACGCGACCCUCCCCGCACUCGUCUCCUGCCCGGCUUUCGGCCCCUUUGCCGCGGCGGCACUCUGCCUCCAGAUCUUCUCCGUCCGCCUCAAUGACCUCACCCUCCUCUCAACCACACCCGCGACGUUAUGUAGCUGUCGACGCCGGUACCCAGUAUUCCCCCAUGGAGUCUCCGGCCCAGCAGCGCGCAGAAAAUGUUCCUGCUGAAGCCACCAACGACCCGCGCGUUUCUGUGCCCGCGACGCCUGCCGAACCCCCACCAGCGCCGCGUCCACACCCGAUAGACCAGUCGGCACCGCAACCGCCGCCCGGCACACAAUGGAAACCAAACCCGCAAACGCAGGUCGCCGUGGCGCCCGCCAUCCGCGAGGCCUCGGCCACUAUUGCGUCGCCUGGCAAGCGACGAAAUUCCCAGGACCCGGCCGUCGCACAGGCGGCGAGUGCAUCCGCCGCGGGCGAGUCGUCGUCGUUGUCGUCCUCCUCGAGCGCGGCUAAGCGCCCCAAGCCCGCAGCUGCCCCCCCGAAAAUCUUGCCGCAGCGAUACGAGUUCUGUGUCGUCGAAGAUAUGGUUGUCUUGAUAUCGCACAUGCUCUCCGAGCUGAUUGAAACUAAUGACGCGCUUGCCCUGCGUUCCGGGAGCCUGACCCGGUUCCACUCGAGAACCGCACCGAGCAUCUCGGUUCUUGAAUAUCUCAACAGACUAGCAAAACAUGCGACGCUGACGCCGCCUCUGCUACUAUCCAUGGUCUACUAUAUCGAUCGUCUAUGCGCUUUAUACCCCGAAUUCACCAUCAACACACUUACCGUUCAUCGCUUCUUGAUAACAGCAGCCACUGUAGCAGCCAAAGGCCUGUCAGAUCUGUUCUGGAAUAACACGACGUACGCGCGGGUUGGGGGAGUGAGGGUCGCCGAGCUCAAGCUGUUGGAGCUCGAGUUUCUCUACAGGGUGGACUGGAAGAUUGUUCCGAACCCCGAGAUCCUUGUGGCGUACUAUCGCGGCCUCAUUGAGCGCUGUCCGGGCUACGCACUGCAAGAGGAGGAUGCGGUUGACGAAGCUGAUGAUUCCGACGUGAUGGACGACGGCGGCUCGACGGAAAUUUCUGAUGAAGCAUGCGACGACAGCGGCGACUUGCCGGACGAGGCGAGCCCAGCCAAGUCGCCGCACGGCGAAGGUGCAGGCCCUUCACAGGCUGCAUAG